AUGAUGACAAUUCGUCUUAUUGAUAUGAUUGUAUUUUCACCUGAGAAACCUCUUUCACUUCAAUCAUAUGUUGGAAAAUUUCUCUGGUUUUUAAUUCCCAUCGUUAAAUGUGAUUUAAAUUAUCCCAUCAUCCUCGAUCUUGUUUCAGCUGGUAUUAAACUUCUAUUAAAUCAUUGGAUCUAUCGAUGGCUUCUUAUCUGUGAACCAAGCGAUAGUUAUGCCAGAAUGACUAUGUUCUAUCUAUUCAUCUGUACAAGUUUAUAUACAUUUGACAUGCAAAGUGCUCUCAUUCGACUUUUUACACGUAAUAAUUACACUCUUCUAUCAUAUAAUAAUUUUCCGUUUCUCUCACGAUCUCUUCGAGAAUUUUGGGGUUACCGCUAUAAUCGAAUUGUUGGUUCACUUCUCAAGGAAUCUGUUUUUGAACCAGUUCGUCGUUCAUUUUCUUUCUCGCCGACGAUCGCCGCUCUAACAAGUUUUACGUUAAGCGGUCUGCUUCAUGCUCAUAUAGCUGUUGCUGUCUUCAGUGCAUCCUCUCCAUUGCCUGCAUUAACCUUCUUUCUUUUACAAGGUGCUGUUUGCUGUGCAGAAACAGUUUUAUCAAUUAAUCUACCGAAACCGAUUGGAAUUGCAGUUACACACCUGUUUCUUCUUGUAACAGCGCCACUCUAUGUCGGAUUAUUUACCCGUGCCGGUCCUAACUACUUUGCACUCAAUCCGCCACCAUUAUUUAAUGCUAAAUGGUUGCCUCAAUUGCCCUUACCCAACUUUUGUCCAAAAUAA